AUGAGGUGGACUGGUCAAUAUCUGUAUUUCCUAUUCCAGCAUUAUGCAAAAAAGCGGCGACUUUAUUUGAAGAAGAAAUCUGCCAUGAUAAGGCGGUCAAUUACCAUAUCAGUAGUGAAUUUGAUACUGAAUUUACCAUUUCAAAUCUUUCGAACGUGGCAAACUGUGGACUACGAUAGCCUGGACCAAAGUAUUCUUUCCACUAUAGAACGAGUUGAAAUAGCAAUUCAAUUAAGUUUUACUGUAGCACUUUCAGCUAUUUGUCAGAUUCUGUACUUCUCGCAGUUCAUCUGUAACGCUUUCUAUCUAAGCACGAGUAUUUACGAGACAAGUUGCACGCCUCGCACUAUUCUACUAAAAAACGGUCGACAGAGCUUAAAAUGCGUAUUCACUGACGAUUAUUCGUAA